AUGGAGAGCGAGAACAAGAAGUCGGCGGUGUCGGAUGUGGGAGCCUGGGCAAUGAACGUCAUCAGCUCUGUUGGUAUUAUCAUGGCCAAUAAGCAGCUCAUGUCCUCCAGCGGUUAUGCUUUCAGCUUUGCCACAACCCUAACGGGCUUCCACUUUGCUGUAACGGCUCUUGUCGGCCUCGUUUCAAAUGCCACUGGUCUCUCUGUAUCAAAGCACGUCCCUAUGUGGGAGCUCCUCUGGUUCUCUGUUGUUGCCAAUGUCUCCAUCACUGGCAUGAACUUGAGUCUCAUGCUUAACUCUGUCGGAUUCUACCAAAUUUCUAAGCUCAGCAUGAUCCCAGUGGUUUGCAUUAUGGAGUGGAUCCUUCACAGUAAGCAAUACUCCAAGGAAGUCAAGUUAUCUGUUCUCGUUGUCGUUGUAGGUGUUGGUGUGUGCACUGUCACUGAUGUCAAGGUUAAUGCCAAGGGUUUUAUAUGCGCCUGUUUAGCAGUUUUGUCUACCUCUUUGCAACAGAUUACUAUUGGUUCUUUACAGAAGAAGUACUCAAUUGGAUCUUUUGAGUUGCUGAGUAGGACAGCACCAAUUCAAGCCGUCUCUCUCCUUAUUCUUGGUCCAUUCAUUGAUUACUACCUUAAUGGCAAAUUCAUUACAAACUAUAAGCUAUCUUCUGGUGCCACUCUGUUCAUAAUUCUUUCAUGCUCCCUUGCUGUGUUCUGCAAUGUCAGCCAGUACCUCUGCAUUGGUAGAUUCUCAGCUACAUCCUUCCAGGUUUUGGGUCACAUGAAAACCGUUUGCGUUCUCACACUGGGGUGGCUUCUUUUUGAUUCUGAGAUGACUUUCAAGAACAUAAUGGGGAUGAUUAUUGCAGUUGUUGGUAUGGUAGUCUAUAGUUGGGCGGUGGAGGCUGAAAAGAGUUCAAAUGCCAAGGCUGCACCCAAUACUAAGAACAGUUUGACAGAAGAGGAAAUCAGAUUACUGAAGGAGGGAGUGGAAAGAAUCCCUCUGAAGGAUCUUGAACUUGCAGAGUCUAAGGGUUAG